AUGUCACACUUCCAUGGCCUCCGAGGCAAUCGUCUCAAUCAAGUGGCUCUGAUUGGCGUGGUAAUGCCUGCCAUGAUGUCAAUGGGCUACAAUCAGGGGGUACUUGGAGGUGUUUUGACAAUGGACUGGUUCCAGGAGCAAUUUCCACAAAUCGACGUCAACGAUGCCCUCCCUGCGGAAAGACACCACAAAUCAACCUUGCAGGGCACGGUUGUUGCAUUGUAUGCGGCAGGUGGGCUUUUAGGUGCGCUCGCCUGUAUUGGGAUAGGCGAUGUUCUUGGGCGCCGCAAAACCAUCAAGAUUGCCACGGUGAUCCAUAUGAUCGGCGCUUUCCUCGGCGCCAGUUCAUUCGAUAUGGCUCAGCUCGUGGUUUCGCGCGUCAUCCUUGGAUUUGGCUGCGGUGCUCAGCUGGCGACUGUUCCGGUCUGGCAAUCGGAGAUAUCGCCAGCGACAAAACGAGGUGCGCACGUUGGAAUGACCGGGGUCUUCGUUGGUUUGGGCCUAACUUUGGCUCUGCUGAUGGAUCUCGGGAUGUCUUUCGUGGACAGAAGUGUGAGCUGGCGGCUCCCACUUGCAUUGCCGAUCGUGCUUUGUCUACCGGUUCUCGUGCUUACCUCUCGGUUACCCGAAUCACCUCGUUGGCUGGUCCAACGGGGUCAAUGUCCUGAAGCCCGCGAAGUGAUCGCAGGCUUAAGACAUACAUCUCCAGAUACUGAAGUUGUAGAGAAGGAGAUAGAAGACGUUCUCUCGUCAUUGGCCAUUGCUGGCAAAGGCUCUUUCGCUCAGGUAUUUCAGAUGGGGCACCAGCGGAUAUUCCAUCGCGCGUCACUUGCAGCUGGAUGUCUGGUGCUUUUGCAGCUGACUGGAAUCAACUGCAUCACAUUUUACAGUACAACCCUUUUUCAAACACACCUCCAUCUCAACCCUAUCACGUCGAGAAUUUUGGCCGCGGUAUAUCAGUUCUCUGGAACAAUCGGGGGGAUUGUCUGUGUUUUCACCAUAGAAGGAUUUGGUCGCCGAUUCCUGAUGUUAAUGAGCGCCGGAGCCAACACCAUAUGCAUGAUUCUUGUGGCAGCACUGAGCUCUCCACCAACCAACAUUGCUUCACACGCAGCGGUAGUAUUCAUGUUUCUGUUCCACUUCAGCAUGAUGGUUGGUUUUGGUGGAAUCCCGUUCCUCUACGCUUCGGAAAUAGCACCUCUUAGUAUCCGGGCUACCAUCAACGGAAUCGGUUCCGCUAUCUGGUGGGGUCUCAGUGUCCUCAUUGCGCUGGUUACACCCAUUGCAUUCAACGCUAUUGAGUGGAAAUACUUUAUCAUAUUUGCGGUCCUAAAUGCGGUCACAAUACCUGUUAUCUACUACUUCUUCCCGGAAACUGCUGGUCUCACACUGGAAGACAUAGAUGAGGUCUUCAUCACGUCAACGGGAGUGCUUGACUCUAUCCAUGUGGCCAAACGAAUGAAACAAGAGUCAGGGAUCCCGAGAGCCCGAGAGGAGGCUGGGCCAGAGAAAUGCAAUGAAACACAGCCGAGGACAAGCGGGUCAGAAUGA